AUGUCAGUCAUCGAUGGGAAAAAGAAGCAGGGGUGGAGCGCUUACCGCGUUGCAGACGACACAACAGUGGUGGGUCUUAUCACCAAAGGUGAUGAGACGGCUUACAGGAAGAGCAUCCUCACUGGAUGCAUCACCACAUGGUAUGGCAAUAGCACCACUUACAACCGCAAAGCUUUCCAGAGAGUGGUGCAGUGUUCUGAUCAGAUAAUUGGAGGUGAGCUUCCCUCCCUCCAAGACAUCUACAAGAAGCGGUGCAUGAGGAAAGCGGGGAGGAUCAUCAAAGACUCCAGUCACCCCAGCCAUAAACUGUUCAAACUACUUCCGUCAGGCAGGAGACGUUAUCACCAGCAGAUUUUCUUCAAAUAUGUGAACCUGAUGUUGAUGUUAGAUUACAGAGCCAGAUAUAUUCCUGUAAGACCAGGCAGUCCUGAGGCGACCCAUUCAGAGUCUAUUAGAGACAAUGAAAGUACUGAGAAUGAUUUCAGUGAUUUGGAUGCUUUAUUAAGUAUUGUAGACACAGAUCUCACAGAACAGACUCGUGUGCAUCCAAUAGAUGUUCAGAUGGCAGUAUUUCACUGCUCAGACAGCUUUCUUAAACAGAUGAUGAUUACAAAGCUCUCUCAGUGUCAGUAUGCCUUACCUUUGCUUGUUCCUGACCCAGUCACUAUGGAGAUCGAGUGUCCUCUGUGGACUUUCAGACAAAUAACAAAAACCUGGAAGGUAACUGAAAUCAAAGAGGACUCCAAAACUGUCACUAUGAAGAGUGUCCCAGCCUGUAAAGCUCAGAAACACUUGGUGUCAUUUUUCCGCCUGGGUUCUCUGUCAGUGUCUAAAUCUCAGCUGAUCAACACUUUGAUCAACGACCGUCACAACACCUUCUUCCAUAGAAACUGUCCAGGAAGCACCAAGUCUCGAUAUCUGACGGAUGGUGUGGCAGAGAUUGCUUGGUACUGUCCUGCUGGAAAACCCAAUGAUGCCUUCAAUGACUGUAUUGCCUUUUGUAAUCUUCGUGGUGAUGCUCUGUUGACUGAAAAACAGCGCGACAUACUAAUUGAAAAAUCCUCAGUGAACAUUUUUUUUGUUGCUUCUCUGCAGGAAAAUCAAAAAAACAAGGCAUUUAUAUCAGCUUGUCUUAAAUCUCACAAGCCUUUAAUUUGUCUCUGUGUUGACAGCUGUAACAUUAAGGCAAAAAAGGGAAUAUACAUCAUAGGUCUCAAUGACAGAAGUCAGGCAGAUGUAUCCGAACAACUGAAAGAGAUCAUUAAAGAAGUUUUAUCUUCUCUAGAUGGUCCCAGCUUAAAACCAUGCUUCCAGCUUGAAAUGAUGGCUGAGGUCUCUGGAAUCAGAGUGGAUGAAAGUGAGCCGGCCUGUCAAGAAGGUAAAUCUGCUGCUAAGAAAAUGAUGCAUCUGCUUACAAAGGAUAACAUGAAUGUCUCAAAAAUCAAACAUGAAUUUCUCCCAUGCCAAGGUGAUCUAUGGCAUAAGUGGAGCAAAAUACACAAAGAACUAUAUAAUCUCAGAGGACACAUUGAAAAGGAGAAAAGUAAAAAGCAACAAGAACUGAAAACCAUACGUCAGGAACAAUGCGAUGCUUCCUGCAGUAAACUGAUGGAGUUGUUCAUUGAAAGCCUCUCAUCAUUGCCACUGAAAGACAAACAGUAUUUCCUGAAAUGGACUCAGAUCUUGAUGGAUGAUCUCUCCACAGAUGAUCUGUCAAUUAUUCUCCAAAGUUAUGAUAAAAAGUGGUCUGAGGUCUUGGAAUUGAAGAACAAACACAACAAAUCACAUCUGUUAGUAAAGAAACAAACUGAGCUUGAAGAAAUUUCCAGAAAACUGCAGUUUGCAACUUUUGGUUUGGAGCACAUCUUCAGAGAAAUGGGACAGAUCUAUGAAGCUCAUAGAGCAAUAGAAGGAGAGAGCAGACACACUGACUGGUCUCAAUACCCUGAGCUGGCUGCACAGCUGAUGAUAUCAGGACACCCGAUGGAGCUGAUGGAUGGUGAUGCAGGUCACGUGCCUUUAAGAUGGAUCUCCAGUCUUUUAGAGGAAGUCAUCAAGAAACUGGGGCACCAGAAAGUUUUUGUGUUGUCAGUUUUGGGUCUACAAAGCAGUGGAAAAUCAACGAUGCUGAACACCAUGUUUGGUUUGCAGUUUGCAGUGAGUGCAGGCAGGUGCACCAAAGGUGCCUUCAUGCAGCUGCUCAAAGUAUCAGAGGAGAUGAAGAAAGACUUGAAGUUUGACUAUCUUCUAGUGGUGGACACUGAAGGACUGCGUGCUCUUGAGCUGGAAGGUAACAUCACUCUUCACCAUGACAACGAACUGGCAACAUUUGUUGUUGGUCUGGGAAACCUGACACUGAUCAACAUUAUGGGAGAGAAUCCAUCUGAGAUGCAGGACAUCCUGCAGAUUGUUGUUCAGGCUUUCAUGAGGAUGAAGAAAGUUAAACUUUCUCCCAGUUGUGUGUUUGUUCACCAGAAUGUUACAGAUGUCGCAGCAGCAGAGAAAAACAUGGAAGGAAAGAGACGCCUGCUAGAAAAACUGGACCAGAUGGCCAAACUAGCAGCUGAAGAGGAAGUUUACAGUGCAGAGUGCUUCAGUGAUGUCAUUGAAUUUGAUGUCCAAAAAGAUGUGAAAUACUGUGCCCAGCUGUGGGAGGGUAGUCCACCCAUGGCUCCUCCUAAUCCAGGAUACAGCGAGAGCAUCCAAGAAGUGAAGAACACCAUCCUCUCUAAAGCUUCAAAGUCUGAUGGGAUCACUCUGUCACAGUUCAGAAAUAGAAUUCAAGAUCUGUGGAUUGCCCUCCUCAAUGAAAACUUUAUUUUCAGUUUUAAAAACACACUUGAAAUUGCAGCAUACAGAAAAUUGGAGAUCCAAUAUGGAAACUGGACCUGGGACCUCAGGAGCAACAUGCUGACCAUUGAAAAUCAGCUUUAUAACAGAAUUGAAAAUGGAAAUCUUAACAAAGUGGAGCUGAUCUAUCUCAAAGAAAAUACAAGUAAGACUUAUGAAAAAAUAAAAACAUCAAUGAAAAAGUAUUUUGAGGAGGAUAUAGAGAAAGAAUUUUUGGCUCAGUGGAGAGGCCGAUUUGAAAUCAAAAUCAAAGAGUUUCAUGAUGAACAGGUGAGCACAGUGAAAAGAAAACUGGAUGAAGUUAUUCAACAAAAGGAGGCUCGUAAAAAGCUGGAUGAUAAGAAAAAAGAGUUUGAGGAC